AUGGAUUCGCACACGGGAUACGCCGCCUCUGCUCCUGGUCCCAAGAAAGACAAGAAAUCAAAGAAGGGCUACGAGGACGGAGAGGGCAAAAAGAAAUUUACACUGAAACGUCUGUUUCCAGAUGAGUUGGAACGCUUCACCAGCAUGAGGAUAAAGAAGGACAAGGAGAAGUUGAGCCAUGUCCCUGGGCAGCGUCAUUCUGCAGCCGCAAAUUAUGAGAUCAGCACUCCCGGUGCAAUCCUGCAUGACCAUUCGGAUGAAUACGUUCUGGAGCUAUUUGAAAAGAUGUUGGUGGAUAUGAACUUGAACGACGAGAAGCAGCAGCCUCUCAGGGAAAAAGACAUCGUAAUUAAACGUGAAAUGGUCUCUCAGUACCUCCACACAUCUAAAGCGGGCCAAGAUCAGAAAGAGAGCUCCAAGUCCGCCAUGAUGUAUAUACAGGAGUUGAAGUCAGACUACCGAGAUGCACAGUUCCUGAGCUGUCUGGAGUCUUUACGGGUCUCGCUCAAUAAUAACCCUGUCAGUUGGGUGCAGAAUUUUGGAGAUGAAGGCCUGGCUCUUCUGUUAAAUCUGCUCAGAAGACUGCAAGAAGAGAAAGACGAGUACCCAAUGAUGGGAGUUAAAUGUCAACACGAGAUCAUACGCUGUCUCAAAGCCUUUAUGAACAACAAGUAUGGCUUAAAAUCCAUGCUGGACACAGAUGAGGGAAUUCCUCUGCUGGUCAGAGCCAUCAACCCGAGGGUGCCUCAUAUGAUGGUGGAUGCUGUCAAACUGCUUUCUGCCAUCUCUAUAUUGGAACACCAGGAGAAUCUUCAUGAACGUGUUCUAGAGGCCAUCACAGAGGAGGCAGAGAAACGGGACAUUGAGAGGUUUCAGCCUCUUCUGGCUGGCAUGAACAGUCACAACAUUGCAUUGAAGGGUGGCUGCAUGCAGCUAAUCAAUGCAUUAAUCAGUCGGGGAGAGGAGCUCGACUUCAGGAUCCAUAUUCGCUCUGAGCUUCUCAGAUUAGGACUCAGGGACUGCCUCAAGGAGGUUCGGACAAUAGAAAAUGAUGAGCUGAGGGUGCAACUCAGCGUCUUCGACGAACAGGCCGAAGACGACUCAGAUGAUCUGAAGGCUCGCCUCGAUGACAUCCGUAUUGAGAUGGAUGAUGUGAGGGAAGUAUUUGACAUUUUAGCCAACACAGUAAAGGACUCCAAAGCUGAAAACAACUUCUUGUCCCUGAUGCAACACCUCCUGCUGAUCCGCAAUGAUUAUCUGGCCAGGCCUCAGUACUACAAGUUAAUAGACGAGUGUGUUUCUCAGAUUGUGCUCCAUAGGAACGGAGCAGACCCAGACUUUAAAUGCCGCAACAUCAGUCUCAACAUUGAAAACCUAAUAGACAACAUGGUAAACCAAACCAAGGUGGAAACCAGUGAAGCAAAGGCUAUUGAGUUUGAGAAAAAGCUGGAUGCAGAGUUGACCGCACGCCACGAGUUACAGGUAGAGAUGAAGAAACUCGAGGGCGACUACGAACAAAAAUUGCAAGACUUGAGCCAAGAAAAAGAGCAACUGGCCUCCUCCAAUCAUGAGCGGGAAAAGGAGAACCAAGGCUUGCAGCAACAGCUCAGUGCUCUGAAACAGCAGGUUGAAACGCUAUCAAAAGAUUUGGAAGAAGCCAAGACUAAAGUUGUCACAGUUACUGUUCCUGUGCCAACACCUGGUGUGCCACCUGCACCUCCUGUCCCUGGCCAGAAAGGUGAUAUGCCUCCACCAGCACCACCUCCUCCCCAUCCUUUGCCAAACUAUGCAAUCAUACCACCACCACCUCCUCCUUUACCGGGGCAAAUCGGCAUGCCUCCUCCUCCCCCCUUACCGGGGAUGCCGGGCCCUCCACCACCCCCACCCUUACCGGGGAUGCCGGGCCCUCCACCACCCCCACCCUUACCGGGGAUGCCGGGCCCUCCACCACCUCCACCCUUACCGGGGAUGCCGGGCCCUCCACCACCCCCACCCUUACCGGGGAUGCCGGGCCCUCCACCACCCCCACCCUUACCGGGGAUGCCGGGCCCUCCACCACCUCCUCCACCACCAGGUGGUCCUGGUAUGCCUCCACCACCACCAGGUGGUCCUGGUAUGCCUCCACCACCACCAGGUGGUCCUGGUAUGCCUCCACCACCACCAUUUGGUGUGGGAGGUUGGGGAGCCCCUGCAGUAGUCCAACUGCCUUAUGGCCUACAGCCGAAGAAGGACUACAAGCCUGAAGUCCAACUGAAGAGGGCCAACUGGAGCAAGAUUGGACCUGAAGACCUUUCUGAGAAUAGCUUUUGGACCUUUGCCAAAGAGGAGAAAUAUGAAAACAAUGAGCUCUUUGCCAAACUCACCUUGGCCUUCUCCUCGCAGACUAAGACUACUAAAGCCAAAAAGGAGCUUGAAGGUGCAGAUGAGAAGAAGCAGUUGCAGAAAAAGAAAGUCAAGGAGCUGAAGGUCCUUGAUUCCAAGUCUUCACAAAAUUUGUCCAUUUUUCUUGGAUCGUUCCGUCUUCCAUAUGAAGAAAUCAAGAGUUGCAUCCUGGAAGUUAAUGAAAAGGUCCUCACAGAGUCCAUGGUUCAGAACCUGAUCAAACAGCUGCCUGCACCCGAGCAGCUAAGUGAACUGGCAGGGAUGAAAGAUGAAUACGACGACUUAGCUGAGGCUGAACAGUUUGGAGUUGUGAUGUCUAGUGUGAAACGGUUGGGGCCACGGCUUCAGGCCAUCCUGUUCAAGCUGCAGUUUGAAGAACAGUUAAACAACAUUAAACCGGAUGUGGUGUCUGUGACGGCAGCCUGUGAGGAGCUUAUGAAAAGUGCUGCCUUCUCCAAACUGCUGCAGAUUAUUCUUCUUGUUGGCAAUUAUAUGAAUGCAGGCUCCCGCAAUGGUAAAGCCUUUGGCUUUUCCAUAUCCUACUUAUGCAAGCUACGUGACACAAAAUCGGCUGACCUAAAGCAGACCCUGCUCCACUUUCUCGCUGAUGUUUGCAUGGAGCAGUACCCAGAAGUCAUGAGCUUUCCUGACGAACUCAUCCAUGUGGAGAAGGCCAGCAGAGUUUCUGCAGAGACACUUCAGAAGAAUGUUGAAGUAAUGGGUCGUCAGAUCAAGAACCUAGAGAAAGACAUAGAAACUUUUCCUCCUGCACAAAAUGACAAGGACCAAUUUGUUGAAAAGAUGUCGAAUUUUGUGAGCACUGCCCGUGAACAGUAUGAGAAGCUGGAUCUGAUGUAUAAAAACAUGGAGAAGCAGUAUACAGACCUGGGAGGCUAUUUUGUCUUUGACCCGAGAAAGAUUUCAGUGGAGGAGUUCUUUGGAGACCUCAACACAUUCAAGAACAUGUUUCAGCAAGCGGUGAAGGAUAAUCAGAAGAGGAAGGAAGCAGAAGAAAAGAUUAAACGAGCCAAGCUUGCCAGGGAAAAGGCAGAAAGGGAAAAGGAAGAGAAACUAAAAAGGAAUCAACUUCUGGACAUUAACACAGAGGGUGACGAAACUGGCAUCAUGGAUGGCCUCUUGGAGGCACUGCAGUCUGGCGCUGCAUUCCGGAGAAAGAGAGGACCACGGCAAGCAGCCAACCACAGAAGAGCUGGUCAUGCAGUGACCAACAUGCUGGCCAAAGAACUGAUGCAGGAAGAUGCACCUGCAUCCAAGAAGGCAAACACCAAGGGGAAGUUGGAUGAGACAGACAACCACAAAGCAGAAGUUGGGGAUUCAUUAGAGGAGCUACUGGAAGCCACACCUGCUCGUUCCAGUUAG